GCGUAUUAUUAAGCCUGCAGUUGCGAUUUGGAACUUUUAAGAUGUUGUGGUUUAGAUUAUAUUGUUUUUGUGCAAUUUUUGCAUUAUUUUGUUUUAAUCAGAUCUCCACGCAUUUUAUAGGUACAAAGAACAAAACAAAGAAAUUGGUACGAAGAUCAAUUGGUGAUGACGGGACUUUAACGGACCAAAACCGUCCACAUUUAAAUCUCAUCUCUAACGGAAAUAAAAGCUACCAUUUCCAGAAUAUUUUUAAGGUCGAUUUUCUUGAAAGUUAUCAAUUUUGCAAAUCCAACAAUAUGGAAUUGCUCCACAUCGAAUCAGAAGAUGAAAAUAAAUUUUUGAGCAAAAAAUUCUAUGAAUUAGAUAAGAAGUUUCAUUUUUCUGACGAGUUUUACUGGACUUCUGGAACACGGACGCUUAGAAAAAAUAUCACAUGGAUGUGGUUGAGCACCGGUGAACUAUUUUCAUAUACCAAUUGGAAACCGGGUCAACCGAACAACUCAACACAAAAAUGCAUGGCGAUCAAUGCAUCCUAUAGUAAGAAUAAAAAAACAAUUGAAUACCAAUGGAGUGACAUUAAUUGCACAAGCAAUCAUUUUUUUGUUUGCGAAUUUACCGAUACAAAGAAUUACACUAAAACACCGUAGCAAUGGAAUGUGAACUAAC